AUGUUCACUUUUAUUUUCCUCUUCUUGCUGUUGAACAUUCCAUUUUUUGUAGCAGGAUUUAUUCAUUCUGGUUGCUUUUGGAGAAUGAAGCAGAAUGAAGACAAAGAUAAAGACUUGGAGAAAGGUUGUGCUUUCCCCCUUAGAGCAAUUCAGUUGCCUGUGGAAAAAGAUUAUUUCAACCACAUUCUGAAAAAAAUAACACCAACAAAAAACUACCACUAUGCUCUGGCCUUGGCUUUUUCUUUGGAUGAGGUCAACAGAAACCCAGAUCUCUUACCAAACAUUUCUCUAGUAUUUGAUGUUCAAGAAGAUGGUUGUAUGAGUAUGUCAAAACUAGAAUCUCUUACUUAUUUUUCCCAACAAUUUCAUGCAAUUCCACCUAAUUAUAUCUGUGAAGAAGAGACCAAUUGUGCAGUGGUGUUAACAGGUCCAAGGUGGACAACAUCUGUGAACUUUCGGAAGAUCAUGGACCUGUAUAAAUCUCAGGAGGUCCUUCAGCUUACCUAUGGACCUUUCCAUCCUAUCAUGAGUGAUCAUGGACAAUUUCCUUAUCUGUAUCAAAUGGCUCCCAAGGAUACAUCUUUAGCCAUGGCUAUGCUCUCCUUCAUAAUUUACUUCCAUUGGAAUUGGGUUGGGCUGGUCAUCUCAGACAAUGAUCAUGGUGUCCAGUUUCUAUUACAUUUGAGAACAGAGAUGGAAAAAACUACAGUCUGCUUCUCAUUUGUCAGUAUGAUCCCAGUCGACAUUCCUUUAUAUAUGUCAAGAGCUGAAGUGUAUUAUAACCAAGUCUUGACAUCAUCAACAAAUGUUAUUAUUAUUUAUGGUGACUCAGACAGUACUCUAGCUUUGAACUUUAGAAUGUGGGAAUCUAUAGGUAUACACAGACUAUGGGUCACCACCUCAGAGUGGGAUGCCACUACAAGUAAAAGGGGCUUCACCCUUGACUCCUUCCCCAGGACUUUUGCUUUUACACACCGCCAUGCUAAUAUUACUGGUAUAAAAAAAUUUGUCCAGUCAUUGAACCCUCUCAAAUACUUGGACAAAUAUUUGGCAAGUUUGGAGUGGAUGGCCUUCAGGUGUGAUGUCUCAACAUUUAAUUGUAAAAAUCUGAAGAACUGUUCAUUCAAUGUGUCAUUGGAAUGGCUAAUGGAACAGACUUUUGAAAUGGCCUUUAGUGAUGGCAGUUAUGAUAUAUACAAUGCUGUGUAUGCUGUGGCUCAUGCCUUUCAUGAAAUGAUUUUUCAAAAAGUAGAUAAUUCACCAAUAGACAACAAGAUAAGCUCUAAAUCUCCCUGCUUGGAGCUGCACUCCUAUCUGAGGAAGAUCCACUUCACUAAUCCUGUUGGUGACAGAGUAAAUGUGAAUGAGAAGGAAAAACUGCAGGCAGAAUAUGACAUUUUUCAAGUUUGGAAUUUCCCCCACAGUCUUGCACUUAAGGUGAAGAUAGGAAAAUUUAGCCCGUAUUUUACACAUAGUCAACAGCUUAUUGUAUCUGAAGACACUAUAGAAUGGGCUACAGGAAGUAGACAGAUUCCGCCCUCUGUUUGCAGUGCUGAUUGUGGUCCUGGGUUCAGAAAAUUCUGGAAAGAAGGUAUGGAAGUUUGCUGUUUUGACUGUAUUCGGUGCCCAGAAAAUGAAAUAUCUAAUGAGACAAAUAUGGAUCAGUGUGUGAAGUGUGAAGAGGAUCAAUAUGCUAACACAGAACACACCCACUGCAUUCACAGAGCUGUGGUCUUUCUAAGCUAUGAAGAGCCCUUAGGGAUGACACUGGCCUUAAUGGCCUUGUGUUUCUCUGCAUUCACAGCUGUGGCCCUGUGGAUCUUUGUGAAGCACCAUGACACUCCCAUUGUGAAGGCCAACAAUCGCACCCUGAGCUACAUCUUACUCAGCUCACUCAUCUUGUCUUUCCAGUGCUCUUUCCUCUUCAUUGGCCAUCCAAAUUCAGUCACCUGUCUCCUGCAGCAAAUCACAUUUGGACUUGUAUUUACAGUGGCUGUUUCCACAGUGUUGGCCAAAACAGUUACUGUAGUUCUGGCUUUCAAUGUCACAGGCCCUGAAAGAAGGAUGCGGCAGUUUCUGGUGUCAAGGGCACCCAACUAUAUCAUUCCCAUUUGUACUCUCAUCCAAAUUAUCCUCUGUGCAAUCUGGCUUGGAAUUUCUCCUCCCUUUAUUGAUAGUGAUGCAUGCUCUGAGUAUGGCAAAAUCAUUAUUGUGUGCAACAAGGGCUCAGUUACUGCAUUCUACUCUGUACUGGGAUACCAAGCCUCCCUUGCCAUAGGGACCUUCAUUGUAGCUUAUUUGGCCCGGAAUCUUCCUGACACAUUCAAUGAAGCUAAGUUCCUGACAUUCAGCAUGCUGUUGUUCUGCAGUGUCUGGGUUACUUUUCUCCCUGUCUACUACAGUACCAAGGGAAAAUUCAUAGUGGCUGUGGAGGUGUUUUCCAUCUUGGCCUCCAGUGCAGGCCUGCUGGGAUGCAUCUUUAUCCCCAAGUGCUAUAUUAUUUUAUUAAGUCCAGAGAGAAAUUCUCUUCAAAAGUUAGGAUGGAAAGUAUCAUCCUGA